AUGAGUUCCACUUUCGAAAAUCCACCGACACUGCCCGUCUUCAUCAACUCUCAGCUUGAACGCAUCGCCGUUGUCUCUCUACCCGCACAGCCCGCCGAAGCAAGAAACUGCACCAUCUGCAAGCAGCCCAUGUGUGACUACCUGCACACCCAAAAGGCCUCACAUACGUGCGACGACCUAAGCGCCUGCGAACUAGCCAUCCGGGUAUCAGCUCCCAACUGCGGCCAUAUGUUUGGCUCGCGGUGCCUGGAGCGGUACAUUCUGCAUGGACAUGUACGCUGCCCCGUGUGUCGAAGGACUUGGUAUCAGAAGGCCGAAGUCAGGCGACAGACUUUGAAGGAGAGUUAUCCAUGGCUGUCUGAUGAUCUGUAG